AUUCAAAAUCACCCGAAAAUCCUGACCAGAACUCAGAAGAUCUCGAACGGGCGUUAAGUGAAGACAUACUACGACGAUACGAGUAGAACAAGAACCUAAAAUUUAAAUUAAUUCUUUUUUACUUUAAAAUAAGUGAAAUUUUUAUUUUCCAAACCCAAUUAAAAAACAAAAAACUCUCGAACGAAAAUGGUUUAUGAAACUGAUUUCUACACCACCCGUAGGUCCUACUCUACUAGGCCCGUGGUUUCGUCGUAUUCCGUAUCGUACCCUGUUUCACGGACCGUAACCGGCUCUUCACGAGUAUACAGCGCCAGCUAUCCGAUUUAUUCAUACUCGCCCCGUAUUACUACCAAGCGAGUUAUUACGUCACCCGUCCGUACAGUCUAUUCGACCCCAAUUGUACGAACCCGUGUUAUAACGUCACCAAUCCGUACCACCACCACCCGAGUCUAUUCAUCUCCAGUCCGUACAACGGUCUAUUCAUCACCUAUAAUAACCUCGAAUUAUAUUUCACCAUACUCUUCGUCGUACUCCUCUUCGUCGUACUCCUCUUCGUACUCAUCGUUGUCGCCGUACAGUUCGUUGUCACUGUACUCACCGUCAAUUCGUACACGAAUGAUUGAAUCACCGGUUCGUGUGAUUAGUUCGUCACGUUUGAUGCGCUCCUCGUUGAGUCCGGAGCGUUUUAUUUCAUCACCAAUCCGUACUCUCCCAUCCAUCCUUAAUAAGGAACUCGACCGUAUUGCCCACAGAACCAGGCCUGGAUAUGGCUACCACGGACUUACCAAUUACCUCAAUUCCGAGCCUUUUAUUAACUUUGAAUCGGAAACUAAGAGGAUUCGUAACUCAACAAACAAUCUUAUGCGUGAGCUUCAUUCACCAGUACGUCGUGCUCGCAGUGUCACUCCUUUCCCAGCGUACUCAUAUGAGCCAACAUCGAAGCAAGCUCUUGAUGCUUACGUUGCACGAGUAACGAACCCAACACGCCAUUUGGCCAAGGAGGUCCACAAUAUCACACAAUAUCCAGAAACUCCACGCAAAUAUGUCGGCAAAAGUCAUCUAGCAUCGGUAAGGAUUCUAGGCGACAGGGCGUAUAAUACAAGGAAUGCCCUAUACAAUCCGGACAAGGUCCGAACUGAUAUUAAUUUGUUGUCACGUUAUAUUCAAGAUAAACGCGGAAGAAGCGAAGCUUCUGACCGAGUUGUCGUUAGCAAUGAAGUUCCCGACCUAGAUCCAUUUAGGCCAUCGCGUAAGUUCUCUGCUCCUAAGCCUUUAGAGGAUCCAGUUGAUGAUGAGACCAAAGAAAAACAGCGCCUCAGGAAAGAGCGUCUUUUGACUGUGAACGAAGAAGCUUCCAUUGAUGAUGUUGCUAUUGAAAAGAAGAAGGCACAACGUAACGAUGAAAUGAAACGUUUGGAAUCAAAAGCCUUAGAAGAAGACAAGAAGAGGAAAGCUGAAGCUGAAAGAAAAGCUAAGUUAGAAGCUGAUAAACUCGCUGAAGAGCUGAAAAAGGCUGAUGAAGAGGCUAGAAAGGCCCGUGAGGCUCGUCUUGCUGAACAAGCACGUCUUGUUGAAGAGGCUGAACAAGCUCGUUUAGCUGAAGAAGCUAAACUUGCUGAAGAAGCACGUCUUGCCGAAGAAGCUAAAUUGGCUGAAGAAGCUAAACUUGCUGAAGAAGCUCGUUUAGCUGAGGAAGCUAAACAAGCUGAAGCUGCUAAACUUGCAGAACAAGCUCGUUUAGCUGAAGAAGCUAAACUUGCUGAAGAAGCCCGACUUGCCGAAGAGGCUAAACAAGCUGAAGAAGCUCGCAAAGCAGAAGAACAACGCUUAGCUGAAGAACAAAAGACCCGCGAAGAAGAAAUGAGCCGUUUGGCUGAAAUAGAAAAGAUCGCCGAAGAAGAACGUGAAGCUGAAUUGGCCCGCCAAGCUGCUGAAUUAUCCGAAAUGGCUCGUCAAGAAGCUGAAAUUGCUGCCCAGGAAUUGCAAGCCAUGCAACAAAGUUCCACUGCCGAAGUACCAGCUGAUGAAGAACCAUCAGCAGCUGAAUCUACUGCCGAUGCCGAAGAAGUUGCUGAAGAGGAAGAAUCAAAGCCUGUAAUUGAGGAACCUCAAUCCCCAGUCGAAGAGAAACAAGAAGCUGAAACUGCUGAAUCUGUUGUCAGCAUUGACGAAGUUAAGUCAGAUAUUGAAGAAUAAACAAUGUCCAUCAUCCUCUCUCGCUCUCUCUCUCUUUAAUUGACUUUUAAAGUAAGACUUUGUUGUAUCUUUCUCUAAUAAGCUUAAAAAUCUAUAAACAAAAUUGUUUUAAGUUUUGAAUUUUAUUUUCGAUUAAUUUAUUAACUUACAUUAUAAUCUAACAAAGACAAGAAACUAAGAAAAACAAAAAAUAUUUUUAAGAAAUUAAAUUUUAUUUAUAAAAUUGGCAUAUCUGAAAUGGGAUCAAGGUCCUUAUAUAAUUUUAAAAUGCUAUGAACUUAAUAUUAACAUUAAAGCUUAGCAUAUGGGUGUAUAUAAGGAAUACUCUGCCUUUAUUUUCAGUUUUAGCAUUUUGUCUGUCUUUUUAUUUUUCAAAUGCAUUUGAUGAAUUUUUGUUCAAUUUAAUUUUUAGUUUUAUGUUUCGCUUGCCAAGCCCAACGAUUUAGUUUUCUUUUUUGUUUAAACAAAAAUUUAUAUAAAACAAAAACAUAGUAAUUAUUUUAAAGUAUACUCGUGUAUUAUUAUUAAACACAAAAUGAUAUAAAUGACUUAUGUAGAUCAAUUCUUAAUAAAGAAAACAAACAAAAAAAGAA